GAGGGCGAUCUGGCUGCGACAUCUGUCACCCCAUUGAUCGCUAGGGUUGAUUCGGCUGAUCUGGCUGGCUAGGCGGGUGUCCCCUUCCUCCCUCACCGCUCCAUGUGCGUCCCUCCCGAAGCUCCGCGCUCGGUGGAUGAGGACGAUCUCCCCCGGCGGACGAGCGUCGAUCGUUGGUAUACCAGUAGCUGCACUUCCCUGCUAGAACCUCCAAACAAGCUCAAAAGCGCCAUUUGCAAAGAAUGUAUCGGUCCAGCAGUGAUUAGGGGGAUUUUAGAAGGAGGGGUGGGGGGGCAGUAAGGCAGUUAUUCAUUCAGACUUCAAUCGGAGUAAAUCAUAUUAUAUCACAUAGACGUGGACCUUGUUAGAUGUCGUUUUUCUUUUCACUCGAGCGAUAAGAGUUUGAGCCCACCGAUGACAGGUGGGACCCGGCUUGCUUCCCUGUGGGGUAAACAGCAGCCAUCGUCGUCUGCUCAACACGAGAUCGCAUUAGUCUACGUCGUAGAUAGUAGGUGGAGUCUGCGGGCACUAGGACCAUGAGGGAGGACGCUUUGAAGAAGAAGAAGAAAAAAACCACAAACCCCACUCCUUUGCAGACAGAGACGUUUAUUUGCGCCUCUUGUCUAAGCUCAACAGGUUUCGGGGGGAGGAGGAGGAGGAGGGGGGGGGGGGGCUGGUUGGGACAGGCGCCUUCAUAACGACCAAGCAUCUGGCUCUUUUACUGAACGCCCAGUCAAAGAGGGAAUAAACGCAGGCAGAUACGCGGAACAGUAUAUACACGCGUCCCACAUUACCCGUCACUUUGCGAGGGAUGACGGGAAGCUGGGGACACCAUCACAUCCAGUAGCCUACAUUUGAUGGAAAGGACAACGUGACUGGGAUGUGAGCGAUGUGUAGAGUUGCGGUUGAGAAAGUGUUUGCUGUCAUCGGCAUGGCGACGCAUCGGAACCCCCUCUCGGCUCAUCUCUCCUCCCUGCUGGCCCUCUAUCUCCUGCUGCCCGUCUCGCUGUCGCUGCUGCCGCCUCCUCACCACCACCACCACACCGUCCACGUCCCCUCGCUGGUGCCCCACGCGCCCUUGCCGCUCGCGCGCUCGCGGUUCAGCGCUCGAACGCAGCUGGACUUCACCACUCACUGUAACUCCAGCUGCUUCCGCAGAAGAGAGUGGGAGAACGAGAAGGAGCAGCUGAAUGAGAAACUGGCCUUUGAGACCUUGUACGCCGACGGCUCCCGCACACUGACCUCCGUGGAUGUGGAGAGUGACGAGGAGCUCGAGGGCACCACCCCCGCCCCUUCCGCCCAUCUUCCGUCGACGGGGGGGCGAAGAGUCUUCUCCAGACGCAAGCGGGUGAGGCGGCAGAUCUACGGUGCCGACGGGCGCUUCAACAUCCGAGGCGACCACUUCCUGUUGGACUACCCUUUUUCCACGGCCGUGCGGAUCUCCACCGGGUGCACCGGCGUCCUCGUGUCUCAGCGGCACGUCCUAACGGCUGCCCAUUGUGUGCACGACGGGAGGGAUUAUGUCAAGGGGGCUCGCAAGCUCAGGGUGGGCUUCCUGACACCUCCCUCGGUCAUUAAUGGCACUAGGGCAGGCCAGAUCCCCUCCAAGAAGCCCCUGGUACGCUGGGUGAGGGUGAAACGCACUAGGGUCCCAAAGGGCUGGAUCCAAGGCCCGCAGGAGGCCAGCAUGGACUUCGACUACGCCCUCCUGGAGUUGCGCUGGCCCCACCGCCGCCCCUUCAUGCGGCUGUCCGUGGCCCCCUCCGCCGAGGAUCUGGCAGGGAAACGCAUCCACUUCUCCGGUUUUGACAGCGAUAGGCCCGGUGAACUGGUUUACCGCUUCUGCCCCGUGGAGGAUGAGUCCAAUGAUCUUAUAUACCAGCACUGUGAUGCCAGACCUGGAGCCAGUGGAUCUGGGGUGUACGGUCGGGUUUGGGACAAUGCCCUGGAGCGCUGGGAGAGGAAGGUCAUCGGCAUUUUCUCCGGACACCAGUGGUUGGAGAUAGAUGGGGAGAAUCGGGAUUACAACGUGGCCGUGCGCUUCACUCCGCUCAAGUUUGCUCAGAUCUGUUACUGGGUACAUGGGAACCGACUAGACUGUGACCAGGACUGAGUCGGACAGGGGAAAACCAUCAGGGGAGAGAAGGGAGGUGUUGAAUGUGUUGACAUGAGCGAGGUAGAAGAAAGCAAAGGAUGACUCUGAGGAAACAGUGCAAAAUGUCUGAUUUCUUCCAGUUAGAGGCAGGUGAAACAGGAUUAAAACCAGAUCAAGAAUGGAAGACUUUCAAAGGCAUAUGGGGAAAUCGGAUCAACUAAGUUGUGUUCUUAUAAAAUGCAAGAACGUCCCUUUUGGAUCCAGUCCACUCACUGUGAUGUUUUUCUCUCCUGCAUCUAAUCUGCUCCUUGUGACCUCUGGCUCAAUCAAACAUGUCUGCCAGUGACAUCAUCACCUCGGCAGUUUUUUUUAAUGCACUUUUCCUCACAGUCAAGACAUUGAUAACACCGUCACUAUUUCCACCGUACUAAACCGAGCCACCAUCUUUUUUUUACAAGAUGGGGAAGAAUAGCGCGACUAUUCUUGUGUGUGCCGCACGUCUCGUUAGCAUCAACUCAUUUUUUCACAUUAUGGAAGAUUAUCGGAUUCACAUCGAUAGUGGAUGCGCCUCAACAACCCUCUCGGCUAGUGUUGUUUCAGCCUCUUAACGUUAAUGGAUGCAGAGGUCCAGCAGAGAGGCAACGCUUCGUCGACUUUACAAACCUCGAAUUAUUCACCUUUAUCUCAAGGGUCUGCAUACUGCUCUACUGCUCUAUUCAUAUAUAGCCACACAGGACUGCUGACAAGAAUGAACGACUGAACAGGGUGAUGGACAGAAUAAAGCCCGCCCCCCACCUUUUACAGUUGCUGCAUAAAUGACCUUUUAUCAGUCCGGGGGUUGAGAAUGUUAAUAGUUUUAUUUUCUAAAAAAAAAAUGUUGAUAUAUUUUAAUAAACAGAUUUUUAACACGGCAUGUGUCCUUCUUACAGAAGUGGGGUUAGGUUGCCCCCGUGUGGUCGCAGGCUGCCACACACCUUUGUGACCGAAACUGAUGAUACUGGUAAGACUGUUGCAGCCCCUAAUGGUGUACAUUUUGCCUGAUUGUCUAACUUGGACUCCCAACAUAAAAAAAAAAACCACAAAGUGCACAUUAUUCAAUUUUGCGUGUAGUUACACAAACAAAACUGACAAAGAACAUCUUUGUUUAAAGCGGCCCUCCUGACUCAAAUUUUCUGCUUCAUGGUGAAAUUUGAAGGCUUAUACACUGAAGACUUUUUAAACCAAUCCACCUUAGCAAUGAAAUUAGACAGGCACAUAGUUCGCCCAUGGUUAAAUAUAAUGCAGGUGUGCCUCUGUAAAACGGCACAUUAUGAAACCAUUAACCAUAAAAUCUGACAAGAAAGAAGCAAGCAGGUUUGACAACCACUGUUCCCUGUGGUCAUUUCAACAGAAAGGUCCAAGGCGCAGAAAGAUAGCAGGACGAAGUAGUUUAGUGCCUUUUAUUAGAGAUAAGGAGACGAUACAAAACUUCAUUCAAUAUUCAGUCUGAGCUCUGAACACAGGCCCUUCAAAUACAUCGCUCCCCAUCUGAUCUUUAAUACACCAUUGAGACUUCAUCCCCACCAGAUUCUGCUUUUAACAAGGAAAAAGGAAUGUGUCUGUUUACUACAUCAAAUGCCAUUGCGGAAUCACUCAAGUUUUGGAAUUUGCGUGGUCAAAAAAAAUAAAAAACAAAAAAAACAACAAAAAUAUAU